AUGCCUUUGCAUAGGACGGCGGUGUCCAGCAAGGAGAGUGGUCCGGGAAACACGCCCAGGCGGCGGCGAGGGGCCCCGAAACAAGCAGCCUCGCCUUCUGCUGCCCCGCCGUCGUUGUUCUUCUUCCCAGCGGCCGCCUUCUUCCAGGAGGACCCCGGCGCCAUCCGCCAGAUCAGCUGCAAGCGAGGCUGCCUGGCGGUGGUGAAGACCGACGGGACGGUUGUCGUUUGGGACGGCGCGGAGAAGGGGGGCGGCCGGGGCCAGACGAGGAAACCCAGGCACAUAAAGCUGAAAAAGGAUGCCAAGGUGGAUUCACUGGACUGUGAAACAUCUCAUCUGCUCAUUCUCUCAUCAGAAGGAAAACUUUCUGAGCACAGUCUUGGCUUCCAAAAUGUUAAGUCAAAGCCAAGGCUGCUGACAGAAUUAGGAAACACGCAAAUUGUUCAACUGGCAUGUGGGGACCAUCAUUCCAUGGCCCUAUCGAAAGGAGGACAGCUCUUCACCUGGGGUCAAAAUGAAUAUGGCCAACUUGGUGUGGGAAGAGAGAGGAGCUCUGCCAGGGAACCACAGCCGGUGCAGGUGCUCGAAGGCAUUCCUUUGGCCAAGAUUGCAGCCGGAGGAUCUCACAGCAUGGCUGUCUCUUUGUCUGGAUCAGUCUACUCUUGGGGGAAAAAUGCCUUUGGGCAGCUGGGACUUGGACACACAGAAGAUAGAUAUUCGCCUACAUAUGUGAAUGCCUUGGAGCAUAAGAAGACCGUGUUCAUUUCAUGUGGAGGAGAGCAUACUGCGGUUCUUUCAAAGGAGGGACUGGUCUGCACUUUUGGAGCUGGCUGUUAUGGCCAGCUUGGCCACAACUCCACACGCAACGAGCUGUAUCCACGUUUUGUGGCAGAGCUGUUUGGUGCUCGAGUGUCUGAGGUAGCCUGUGGGAGAUGGCACACUCUUGUGUAUGUCCCAGACCUGGGAGAAGUCUACUCAUUUGGUUCUGGAUCCGAAGGGCAGCUUGGCAAUGGAAGCAAGUGUGACCAGUUGAUACCCCUUCCUGUUGAUUCGAUCAAGAGGGGUAGGAAAUUCAAGCAAGAAGGGAGCGCUUCAGAGGAACAGAUUAAAGUAAUUGCUGGAGAUAAUCAAAGUAUUGUGAUUCCUCUGAUGGAAAAGAAUUCAUAUGCCAAUUUAAACCAGAUGCUUGCCAGAGUAAAAGAGGAAGAAAUAGAUAAAUGGGUUUCUAAUUUGGGCCCUAACUGGUGUCAGAACAUAAGACGGGACAUUAAGCUAAUCUUCUCAUCAGCAGCCUGUGUCAAUGGAAGCUUCCUGAAAAACAGUCAAGAUGAACAUUUCAGAACUUCUCAGGAGGCUUCUGGUGUAAAUAUGUCUGCUGUGCUCCUUUUCUCUGACAAGAUUGCAGAAAAGCCUGAAAUCUACAAAGUGGUGGUGAAUGCUGUUAAAAAGCUUGUGCAGUCCCUGCAUUCUGCUGCUAUUUCUCCUGAAGCACUCAGAGUUUUUGUCAUCAUUCCUGUAAUCUUAAGGAAGCAAGACCUCCAGUCGGACUCUCUGUUUAGCCAGUUGGCACACGCCAUUGUGGCUCUUCAGCUUGAAGGCAGGCAAACUCUUGAAUCUCUGUGGUCCAGUGUAGACGUCCCCUUCUUCAAGGAUCUAGUGGACAUCUAUCAAAGACUUUGCAGUAUAAAGAUGAGAUCUUUAGAGCGGCUGUACAUCCCUAAGGACCUCUUUGGGCUUCUUCAGGUCCUACAGACACUCUAUAAGGUAAAUUGCAGGACUGGUUUCAGGAUUCAGGAAAAGAACUUCUAUGUUCCUGAAGUGAAAAAAAUGCUGCGCCCUCUCAGUUGGAACGACAUACAAAAUCCUGAAGAAAUAGUGAGAAGAUUUCAAUCAAAGCUCCGUGAAGUGGUGUUUGCUUUUUUCACUUUCGAUGAGAUCCCUUGUGUCUUGGAUAUGGAAGCAAAGGUUCUACUGCAUGGUCUAAACUGCUACGUGUUCAAUGCUGUGUACAGCUGGCCAAAGGAUGCAGUCACACAACUAACUGUGAGGAGACAACAUCUGGUGGAAGAUACGUGGAUGUGUAUAAGGAAUAUGCAAGACAACCAGUUCCAGUGCUUCCUCAAAGUAUGUUUUGAUGGAGAACCUGGAACUGAUGAUGGAGGGCCAUCCCAAGAGUUCUUUACAGUCCUCAAAAGGGAACUGUGUGCCCCAGAAGCACAGAUCUUCCGGCACUUUGAAGAAUCCCACCUGAUUUGGCUCUCCAGCCAGGUACCAGCAGAGGAAGAUAUAUAUUUUCUGAUCGGGACUAUAUUUGGAAUGGCGCUCUAUAAUAUGAAGAUCGCUGCCUUCCCUUUCCCUCUUGCUCUGUUCAAGAUGAUGGCAGAUAUUCCAUUGACUCUGGAAGAUUUGAAAGAGCUCUCUCCUAUAGAAGGAAGGUGUCUUCAGGCCCUCUUGGACGAGCCAUACGAUGACAUUAUAGAAAGCAUGAUGUUGGAUUUCACUAUAAUGAAAGAAGAGAGAGGAUCCAGAGUUUCCAUUGAACUGAAGGAAAAUGGCACCAACAUUCCUGUCACUAAGUACAACAGAAGAGAAUAUGUUGAUGCCUACGUGAAUUACAUAUUCAGUGAUUCCGUCAAGGAACAAUUUAAGGACUUCAAGCGUGGGUUUUUAAGAGGCUGCCCGUCUAAAAACUGGAAUAUCUUCCUUCCUGCUGAGCUCCGAGUCGUUCUGCUUGGGCAUACAGAAUACAAUUGGGAACAACUAGAAAAGAAUGCAAAGUACAAAGGUUAUGAAAAGUCUGAUGAAACUAUCAGGAAUUUCUGGGCUGUGUUUCAUGACCUUCCGGAAGAAAAGAAGAUGGAUUUUCUUGCUUUUCUUACAGGAACAACCUGCAUUCCAAGUCAAGGGAUGGAAAGAUUCGUGUUCACUAUUGAAGAUGCCGAAAAAGAAAAUCCAAACGAGUGGUAUCCUGAAGCCUGGACCUGUUUUCGAAUCUUGAGGCUUCCAAGAUACAGCAACCAAGAUGUCCUCCGAGAAAUGUUCCUGUUUGCACUAGCACACCAUGAAGAGUUUGGUCUGUUAUAAAACCUGGAUGCAAAUAACACUGUUUUGGAAUCGGUUGAUCGUGGCCCACUUGAUGUCCCUUUCCAUCUAACUGUUUUGUUCUUUGUUUACUGAACAAAACAAACCACCCCAAGGAUUUAUGUCUUUGUGAAAAGGACGAGACUUCUCCCUUUUAGAAUCAGGUUAUGGGCUGUAGAUACCUGAAUCAACAUCCUUUCUGUCGAAUGCCUAUAAGGGAGACUUCCUAGGAACUUUACAGACCACCAUCUUGAGUUCAACAGUGGAGAAAAAACAGGAUGUAUACGUAAUAAAGACAACAUGCAUCCUUAGAAUUAAGAUCUACCAAAAGGAUCCUCCUCAAGAACACAUCUUUGGUGGAGGAAAAACUCUGCUGAGCACCUUCUCAAAAUUCAUUCCAGUCUCAUUUCAUUGGAUAUCUGUAUCCCACCUCUCCCCAAUGGGGAUCCAAAGCAGCUUACAACAUAAUUCUUAUCUACUUUGCUUUAUCUCCACAAUCACAACCCUGCUAGGUAGGUUGGGGUGAAAGACAGUGAACUUUCAUGGCAGAGUGGGGAUUCAAACCUGGUCAGACACUGUAACCACUAUAGCAAGCUGGCUCUGUGUGGAAUAUUCUUACAGAGUACUCCCUCUCUCAUGAGGUGUCUGUUAUCUUAUUUUUGUCUUUUGCAGAAGCACAUUAGGAUAGCCCUAUAGGCUUUUGCCCUGGCUUGGAUGAUCCAGGCUAACCUGAUAUCAUAUAAGCUAUUUGGUUAGUAUUAGGAUGGGAGACCACCAGGGUUGCCCCUCAAAGGCAGACAAUGGCAAAUUGCCUCAGAAUGUCAUUUGCCUUGAAAACCCUAUAGGGUCGCCAUAAGUCCACUCCAACAUGAUGGCAGUUUCCACCACCACACAGGCUUUUGGAUAAUCUUUCUCCUCCCAUGAUUUACUUUUCUAUUGCCAGAAGGAUUGCUUUUUAUUGCUGUUGGUACAGUAUUCAGUAUUCCAUAUAUAAAAGGUUGAAAAAAAUUAUUCACUCAAAAAUUACUCUGUCAAGUUAGGCUGACAGAAAUCAUGUGACCCCUGAUUACUGUUUUGAGGGAUUUCCGAAGUUUGAGGAAACUUCCCCUGUAAUAUUGAUGUCUAAAAAAGUUCUUUUAAGUUUUAAAAAAAUAUUGUUUUUUAAUUUAUUUUUAGUUUUGUUACACUGCAGUGAGAUUAUGUCUGUUUUUUACCCUGCAAAUUGUACAUGCAAAACUGAACUUUCAAGACAGUAUGCAAAUGAAUAAAAAUUAGUAAAUGUAACUUCAUUUUAAGCCUAA